GAGGCACAGGGGAGUGGGAGGGACCAGGAGACCCUGACGCCAGAAGGGAAUCUGAGGAGCUCACACAGGUACUCAUGGCGAGCUGGACUCUAUGCGUGGUUCUGGUGCUGGCAUCAGUGGCAGGGGCGGUGGGUGAGACCCGCUAUGAGAAGUUCCUGCGGCAGCAUGUGGACCAUCCCCGGACCCUCGGGCUCAUGGGGCACCGCUACUGCCAGGUCAUGCUGGCACGACGGCAAGUGACAGCCUCAGGGCGGCCUUGCAAGCCCUCCAACACCUUCGUGCAUGCACCGGCUGAGGACCUGGUAGCCACCUGCAAGAACCCUGCUGAUGCUAUGGGGAUCCAUAGCACUUCAACACCCAUGGGCAUCACAGCCUGCCGCCUGCAGGGUGGGAACACCCGGCCCCCUUGCAACUACCGGGCCCGGCAGCUCCAGCACCAUGUGCGUGUUGCCUGCCUUGAUGGGUGGCCCGUGCACCUCGCUGGCACUCAUGCAUCCCCUGAUGAGGCUUGAUGUGGGGGCAAAUGUGUGGGAAGUGGAUCCCCCCUUGCUUCUGGCAGGGGCUGUUUUAGGGGCUGUUUUUACAAUAAAGGAGGUGUCACAGGCCUGGGCUCCAGCAUCAGCUUGUGGGGGGACCCUGG